AUGUCUGUGCCCGCAGAUUUCGAUCCAGAGAAUGCUGGCAACGCUCCUGAGAUAGAAAAGCAGUUUGCCGUCAAAGUGAUUGAGCAGGCUCAGACGCACCACAAGCUCAUCACGACCAUCCCGCCUUCGUCGCUCAAGCUCACAAAGCACGAUGACGAGCUGUACGAGAUGUUCAAAGAAUUGUUCCCAGAGAAUUUUGAGAACGACCUCGCACUCGUCAAGGUCAUCGACGAGGACCGCAUGAAGAACAAGGACAGCAAGACGAGAUGGCAGAAAUACUCGAAAGCGUUUGAAAAGACUGUCGAGGAUUUCUCAUCCGGCUGUCUGCUCCGUCUGAACUCUGAAGAAGACUAUACAGAGUCAAACGCAAUCUUUGCCGUCCGGAUCCAAUUCCUGGCCUACGAGAUCACUCGUAACCGACACGGACUGAACAACAAGAUGUACGAGGAUGAACAGAAGCAAAGCAGCACUUCGAAAGCGACUGCAUAG